AUGCCGCCUUUGGUAGAGGACCGAGAUGAUGCCGAGGAGGGAGAAGUCAAUAACGAAAUGGAAGAAACCGUCGUUGUUGAGAGUAUCUCAAAGGGACAAAUGUCGGUCGAAGAUGCCCUUCAGAAUGUUCUAAAACGUGCUUUAAUCGCUGACGGUCUGGCUCGCGGACUACGCGAAUGUGCCAAAGCCUUGGACCGGCGCCAAGCUCAUUUGUGCGUCCUUGUUGAGACAUGCACCGAAAAGGAAUACGUCAAACUCGUCGAAGCGCUGUGUGCUGAGCAUAACAUUCACCUAAUCAAAAUAGCGGAUGCCAAGAAACUGGGUGAAUGGGCUGGUCUGUGCAAGAUCGACCGAGAGGGUAACCCGCGAAAAGUAGUCGGAUGUUCAUGUGUGGUGGUGAAGGAUUACGGAGACGAGUCUGAGGCCAAGAACGUGCUCAUUGAUUAUCUGAAGUCUCGUUAA